UCGCUGGGUGAGGCAGCUUUAGAAGUGACCACAGCUUCCUUCAAAAUGUUUAUUUUACUCAGCAGUAACAGAGUUGUUAUGAUUGGCUGGCAACUCUCAUACAGAAAGCUGUCCUUAAUCUGAUGUGUCCAAGUGAACUACUCUCUCUCUCUCUCUCUCUCUCUCUCUCUCUCUCUCCCCUGUCUGGUCCAGGUCUGGUGUUGUCUGUCUCUCUGUCUCCUCUCACCGGCGACACGUCGCACUCUUUUCUGAAAGGAUGCCUUUUUCAUUAUUUUAAUUCAUAACAAAAAGCCAAUCUAAAAGUUUUUUUAAAAGCAAAAGAACUGCAGUGAUCGAAAAAGUUUUUUUCUUUCUUUUUUUAAAAAAAAAGUUUUCUUCCGUUUCUCCAGUAUAAACACCGACCUCCUGAGGACCCACUGACCCCGGUCUUAACGUUUGGACCGUUUCCUUGAAAUGUUAAUAGACUGCUGGAUUCUUGGACGUUUGUUCGCUUAGCGCCUCUUAUCGGGUUAUCGUAGUUCCAGCUGGUUCUGUGGAGAAAUGAAGCACAGACUCUCACUACUCAUCUUAUGCUGUGCUCUAAGCGGACUCGAUGCCGUGACCAAGGAGCCGGGCAUUGAUGCUCCGUCCGCGGCUCCACUAGAGGACAGUCAGCGGGGAGCCGAGCACCAGCUCCCGGAGACAAGGGACGCUCAGCAGUCCACUGACGAGAUACUGGAGGAUGAAGUGGACAACCAAGAAAAUGUGAUCAGCCAGUUGCUGGGCGACUACGACAAAGUAAAAACGUUAUCAUCAGGAUCCGACUGUGUGUGUCGCUGUGUUGUUCGACCAAUCAAACGCUCCGACUGCAGCCGCCUAGACGGGAGAGACCCCGCCUCACCGUCCCAGGAUUUUUACACUGUAGAAACGAUUACCAAGGGAACAGACUGCAAGAAGUGUGUGUGCAUGGCUCCGCCCUCAGCCGUCAACCCCUGUGAGGGAGAGUACAGGUUUAAGAAACUACAGGAGGCUAGCAAGGAUGACAUCAAGCUGACAACUAUCAUUGACUUGUUGGAGGGCUCACUGUAUGGAAUGGACUUGCUAAAGCUCCACUCUGUCACCACCAAGCUGCUGACCAGGAUGGACAACAUGGAGAAGGCUUUCACCCGAAAUCUCACUGAAAAAGCAAAGGAGAAAGAGCGUUUGAAGGAAAAAGCGAAAGAAAAGGAUAAAGACAAGAAGACCCAGCAGAAAAAAAAGAAAGUAAAUGAUUUGGAUCGUUCACGACCUAAAAGUGGAGCAGCUGCCUUUGCCCACAAACAGAAGAAUUAUGAAAGUCAGCGAAAGAAUAACGAACAGCAAGAUGGUCUGGAGCAACAGCAGACAAUCAGAAAUAAGACGGAAACUCAAAAGUCAACGAAAGAAAAGAACAGUAUGGUCAUCAGAGGUGUGACUUUUUACAAAGCAGAGGGAGAGAACUAUGACGAGGACGAAAAAGAGAGGGGAAAGAAUACUACUGUAACCAAAAAGACUUCAGUGGACCAUUUACCACCUACUGGGACUUUCCUCACCAAGAGACCACGCCUAUCUGCCACUCUUACCUCUGAACCAGAUUCCAAGGACCCAUCAAGGACUCUAAGCGAUUCUGCUCCCACCCAACAACUAUUGACUCCCUCAACAACCAGCCAACAAACCACAAGGACAACCAAACCAGCUCCCUCUACCAUCAAAUUAACGACUGAGUCAACCACUACAACCACUCCAAAACCAACAACAACCAAGCAGACAACUACUUCCCGGCAAACUACGGCUUUCACAACUACUACUCAGCCCACCAUACGUGUCGACCAGAACACCACCUCAGACACCAAUAUCCGUUCAGCCAUUGACGCAUCACCUACGGUCUCGUCUCAGUCAGUAGUCAAAAGUCGACUCAGCUGGACCGAGAGCCCUGCUGACCAACCAAAGACCACCAAAAAGCCCGCUGUUUGUAAAGACACAGUAGCCAGCAUCUCUGAACCGGUCCAGCAGAACUCUUAUGGCCUUAGUGAUGGAGCCUGGAUGAGGGAUGCCCGUGGCCAUGGCAACGUCAUCUAUCUCACCAAUGGUCACUUCGGCGACAAUCUACAGGAGUUUCGAGACAUGGACGCCUUGAAAUCAGGUCAAGCAAGUAAUUCGUACAAGCUGCCGUACAGUUUCACUGGAACUGGGCACGUCGUAUUUAAUGGGGCUUUCUACUACAACCGUGCCUUUAGCAGAGACGUCAUCCGAUAUGACCUGAGACAUAGAUUUGUUGCUGCCUGGACCACACUACAUGACGCAUUGCUGGAGGAGGAAGCUCACAAGACACAGACUGAAGUGGAGUUUGCUGUGGAUGAGUCUGGCUUGUGGUUACUCUACCCUGCUCUUGACACAGAGGGCUUCCACCAGGAAGUAAUCCUCCUCAUCCACCUCAACCCGCGAGACCUGCAGCCUAUACGAACCUUUCGCACAGGCCUUAGGCGUGGCCGCUACGGCAACAGCUUCCUGGUUUGUGGCGUGCUUUAUGCAGUGGACAGUAUGGAUCGUCAUUAUGCGAAUGUGACUUAUGCCUUCGACACGCACACAUUCACACACACCGUGCCGAGUCUGGCGUUCACGAACAUGCACUCACACACCUCCCAGCUGGCGUACUGCCCACUGGACAAGAAACUGUAUGCAUGGGACGAUGGACAUCAGAUGAUGUACAAUGUCAUCUUUGCUUAUUAGCACAUCCGAAAUGGAGGACAGAAGAAAUGACUGUGGAUCAGUCAGAUUCAGUGUUUUCUUUGUUAAGUGUGUUGCUCACCAGUCACAUUAACCAACAGGACAAGAGUUUACAAGAGAAAUCUGGAAAGAAAAAAUAAAAAGAAAGGCCAAAACCCAACGGGCCAUAUGAACAAUGUACAUAUACUGUAGGUGCACACGCCUCAAUCUGUCUCUACACAUUAACCACUUCCUAUCACAUCACCAAUCACUAAAAUCAUUUUAUAAAAUCUUCUGCUCUGGAGCACUUUUGUACAUCAUGCAAUGAUCUUAUUUUUUUAUGGUUGCAGUCUGUGCUUCAAAAAAUGUAUGGGAUAUAAAGAAAUAAUGUGAAAAUUAGCCUGGAAGCCAGACCAGCUUCCCUGCCCAUAAUUUAUUUUGUGGCAGAAAGUUGGGCUGGAACCCCUCUGUUGGGAACUGAUUAUGGUCUGAAAAGUGAAAGAAAAGUUACAGCGGUAUGGUCAUUCAUGUCAUCUGAGCGCCAUGGAGUUGAAUUUGUUUACAGAAAAUGGCUUGGAUUGGUUGUAAGACUAUCCACUUGCAUCGAGAGGGAUUAUUUUCUCGGUAUUGUUUCGAAGACGCCCAUAAUGAAAUCCAGAUGGAGGUUUAGUGAAAAAGCUAAAAAUAAUAACUUUCCCAAACUGCAUCAGUUUUAACUGUUUAAAAAUAUAUCUCUGUUGUAAAUCCCCUAACAUAAUGAAUGACGUUACCGAUGUUUCUGCAGUGUCUGAUGAAAGAAAAAUGACUUAUUCACAACCUCAGAUCACAUAGGCCAGUGACUAAUGAUUCUCAAAAAAAAAUGUUAUGCUACUGUAAGAAAUAUAAUGACAAGUGAAACCACAUUUGUUUUUAGUAUACAUUAAGUAUACAUUAUAUUCCUUAAGUGUAGCAUCUAAUAUCAGUAUUAAGUCCUUUAUAUAGACUUUGUAAUAAACGAUCCAUAUUUUCUUAUAUGGUCCAAGUCUGUACUGUAUACAUUUUACUGUAUGUCUGCUAAAUAUGCUUUCUAUCAUAAACUUUUGAUACAGGUGGUAAGUUCAUUCAUUUAGGACACUAUUCCCAUUCCAUAGUACUUUGCUUAUUGUAAAAAAAAAGAAAUAAAUAAAUCCAGAGACAAUGUUUUUUUGACUGCACACAAAAUGUUUGCUAAACAAAAAACGUCUUUUAUUUUAUUAAUUUAUAAUAAAACAUUUUAAAAAGUUGAAA